AAAUUUAGUUUUCUUUAAAUGUCCAAUGAAGCAUCAUAUCAUUCUGUGGUGUGUGGUCAAAACUACUCAAGAGGUGUCCACUCUUCACUUUAUUAUCUCUUGUUCUCGUCUCCUCACUUGUAACGUAACUACUACACCAAAGAACAUGGAAAAUGGAUUGAAGCCAAUGGACUCUGAGCAACUCAGAGAGUGUGGACAUAAGAUGGUAGAUUUCAUUGCUGACUACUACAAAUCCAUUGAGAAUUUCCCAGUUCUCAGCCAAGUUCAGCCUGGGUAUUUACAUGAACUGUUACCGGAUUCUGCUCCUACUCACCCUGAUUCUUUGCAACAAGUUUUUGAUGACAUACAGACUAAAAUAUUACCUGCGGUAACUCAUUGGCAGAGCCCUAAUUUUUUUGCAUACUACCCUUCCAAUAGCAGCAUUGCUGGAUUUAUUGGGGAGAUGCUCAGUGGUGGUCUCAACAUUGUGGGUUUUAGUUGGAUUACUUCUCCUGCAGCCACAGAACUCGAAUCGAUUGUUCUUGACUGGCUUGCAAAAAUGUUGAAACUUCCUCAGGAGUUUCUUUCAGCAGGACAAGGUGGUGGAGUCAUUCAGGGCACAGCAAGUGAAGCUGUUUUAGUUGUACUAUUGGCUGCUCGCGAUAAGUUUUUGGGGAAGUUUGGUAAAAAUGCUCUUGGGAAACUUGUUGUUUAUGCCUCUGAUCAGACUCAUUCAUCUUUGCAAAAGGCCUGUCAGAUUGGGGGUAUUCAUCCAGAGAAUUGCAGGAUGCUAAGAACAGAUUCUUCAACUAAUUACGCCAUAUCUCCCAAGGUGCUAAGCGAAGCGAUUUCAAGCGAUGUUGCCAAUGGUUUAAUUCCCUUUUUCUUAUGUGCAACGGUUGGUACCACUUCAUCCACUGCAGUUGAUCCUUUGACAGAUUUGGGAAGAAUAGCUAAGGGUUAUGGAAUUUGGCUCCAUGUGGAUGCUGCAUACGCUGGAAGUGCUUGCAUAUGUCCAGAAUACCGCCACUACAUCGACGGUGUUGAAGAAGCAGACUCGUUUAACAUGAAUGCACACAAAUGGCUUCUAACAAACUUUGAUUGUUCAGCACUCUGGAUUAAGGAUAGAAAUGCAUUGAUUCAGGCCUUGUCUACAAAUCCUGAAUUUCUGAAAAACAAGGCUUCUCAAGCAAACUUGGUUGUGGAUUACAAGGAUUGGCAAAUACCACUUGGACGUCGGUUUAGGUGUGGCUUUCAAAGUUCUGAAUCACUCAUAUAUAGAUUUAAUAGUGCAUUUUUCCAAACUUUGUGUUUUGAUGAACAAUUAUAUAUUUGUAAUAGGUCACUCAAACUAUGGAUUGUGCUACGCCUUUAUGGUUUAGAGAACUUACAGUGCUACAUAAGAAACCACAUCAACUUGGCUAAACACUUUGAAGACCUUGUUGGUCAAGACCCAAGAUUUGAGAUGGUCACUCCUAGAAUAUUUUCUCUGGUUUGUUUUCGCCUUCUGCCGAGCUCCAAGGAUGAAGGUUUGGCCAACAAAGUGAACCAGGAGCUGUUGAAUGCUGUGAACUCAUCUGGGAAAGCUUUCAUUUCUCACACAGUGUUAUCAGGCAAAUAUGUGCUACGCUUUGCAAUAGGAGCUCCAUUGAUUGAAGAGAGACAUGUCAAUUCAGCUUGGAAUGUUGUGCAAGAGAAAGCUUCUACCCUAUUAACAGCUUAAAAACUUUGUAAGAAUGAGUCUUUCAAGUCCAACAUUUAUGAAUGAAAUGUCUUUUUUAAAAUGUCUUUUUUUUAUGUAUAUAUUUUUUAAGAGUAAUGAUAUGCACACCUAAAAUAUACAUCCAAACAUUAUACUCAGUGACGUGAUACUAUUUUUUAAACAGUUGGUCCCAAUUUUAGUAAAUGUGAUUGGUUAGGCUAAACUAUCAUGUCACUGUGUGUAAUGUUUAGAUGAAUAAUUUGGGUGCUUAUAUCAUUGCUCAUUUUUUUUAAAUAGCAUUUUUCAACACUCGCAAUACUUUAAUGUACAAAGUGAAGCUAAAUUAUGUUCAAAGGCAAUUAUCCAUUCA